GGACAACACCUUCGGCAACACUGCCGGCGGCCGAUGCGGUGGAUGUGGUUGACGUAUAGACCGGCGGCGGCUAAACUGGGCCGAUAUGACGUACGAUCGGUGUGAGGCAGAAUGAAAAGGUAAACAAAGUUUGGAACAGCAGCACGUUGGGAAGAUUAAAUUUGUUUGAUUUGCUAAAAUUAUAAGUUUAAUCAUUGUUUUGCGAUUAAAAUCGAAGUUAUUAUCAGUUAUCGAUUGCUGGUAUUUAAAUAAUUAGCAGGUAAAUGGUGAUCUAGUGAGAUUAAACAUCGUUACUAAUUAUGCUAAUCUAAAAUAGUACGGACGGAGAUAAUAAAAGUACGGUAGAAGUACGGAACAGUUGGCGGAAAUAUUAAGAAGUUUUCCACUGUUAGGGAUCGCAGUACUGGCUGUGCAUUCGUUAAAAAGGGAAAGAAGCCUAAAAAGAGGAGAAGAAAACUAAUCCUUUGAUCUGCAUCUGAAACGGGCAGAUUCAUCGAAAGUUUUACUUGGUGUAAAUCCGAACAAAAUCAAAGGAUUAAUCGGACCAGUUCUCGAAGGAUGGCUUCGGAUUCCCUGAUGAACGAAUCGUUGGCGACUUGCCUGAUGUGUGGCGGUCCGGAAGAGGAUGAUACCCACAUGGUGAGCUGCAACGAGUGCAAACUGUGGGCGCAUUUCAAGUGCGCAAAAGUUACCGAAGAGGUAAAAAAGGUGGAUUGGUAUUGCCAUAAGUGUAUAGCAUCACGAGAUUCACUGUUGGACGUACCGAAGCCGAAGAAAGGCUCGAAGAAGGGCUCUAAGAAGGGCGAUACGGAUUCAGUUCACAGCGCAGGAUCUUCGGUUGCCAAGCACGUUGAGCAACUAGAGCAGGAGCACAAAGAGCGAGAGGAAGCUAUGUUCAACGACUUGACAAUACGAACGAAGAAACUGGAAUUGAGCCGUAAGCUGAAACAAAAGCAACUGCUGCUUGAGAAGGAGAUGCGUGAAAAGGAGCUCGAAUUGGAGCGCGAGAUGCAAGAUCUUCAGCUGAAGCAAGAGCAGGAAUUGCUAGACCGACAGCUGGCCGCGGAGAAGGAGUUCUUUGAGAAGAGACAAGAAAUUCGGCGGAAGAGGGAAGAGAGCCUGCAGAAGGUCAAAGAGUCAUCGGACAAACCGGCCACUGGCGGAGGUAAACCGGCCGGCAAGGCGGGCAAGGGUGGCAAACUGGUUCUGGCAGGUGGAGCUGGUGUGAGCGAGAAAAAGCCGAACAUUCCAGCUGGUUCGGCAAGCCUGGUACAAAGCUGGCUCUUGGAGCACCUUCUGAAGGGCAAUCAGCUACCGGAAGAACAGCCGGAAGAGUCUGAAUCGUCCGACAGUGAGGAGGACGAAACGGAUGAUGAUUCGGAGGAAGAUUCUGAUCCGGAAGAAGCACGUCGACCGGAUGAACCAGAACUUUCAAAGCCGGCACCAAGCACAGUCGGGUCGAAGAGAAGCAGUGGACACGGGCCGGGGCCGCAUGUAAAGGUGACGAAAGACCAACUAGCAGCUCGGCAGGGUGCUUCAAGACAUCUGCCAACGUUCAGUGGUGAACCGGAGGUAUGGCCGCUGUUUAUUAGCAGCUUCGAGUACUCGACUGAAGCGUGCGGAUAUACGAACAUCGACAACCUGAAACGGUUGCAAGACAGUUUGAAGGGGAAUGCCCUCGAAGCUGUGCGUAGCCGACUGAUACUUCCGGCAAGUGUUCCGGAUGUCAUCAACGAUCUGCGCAACUUAUUCGGGAAUCCGCAGAAGCUGCUGAAGACGCUGAUGGCGAAAGUACGGAACGCGCCAGCACCCAGAAUCGACCGUUUGGAAUCCUUCAUACACUUCGGGAUUACGGUCAAACAGCUCUGCGAUCAUUUGGAAGCUGCUGGAUUGAAAAAGCACCUGAGCAAUCCAAUGUUGGUCGACGAGCUGGUAGAGAAGUUGCCCACCAGUUACAAGCUGGACUGGGUAAGAUAUAAACGAGGCAAACGCGGUGCUUCGCUGAAGACGUUCUCCGGUUUUAUGCAGGACAUAGUGGCAGACGUGUCCGAGGUAUCGGAUUUUCCCAGUUGUUCGCGAAGUGAACCGGCGCGUACUGGAAAAGAGAAAUCCCGGAAGAAGGAGUUUGUACAUCUGCACGAUGACUCUAAGAAGGAAGAGCAGAAACCUUCGGAAAGUUCGGAAAGUUCCGGCAAGCCGUGCUGGUAUUGUAAGCGUACCGAUCAUAGGGUUCGGGCUUGCGACGACUUCAAGAAGAUGAACGUUUCCGAACGGUUGAAAGCAGUGGAGAAGCUGAAGCUCUGUACGCUCUGCCUGAGUAAUCACGGCAACAGCCGCUGUAACUUCAAGCUGCGAUGUACCGUGAAGGACUGUGGUGGAAAUCACCACCAUCUCUUGCAUCGUAGAGAAGAGUCGGUGCAGUUGAUGGAAGUAGCGUGCAAUUCGCACAGCGUACACCGUACCGUGAUAUUCCGUAUGGUUCCAGUGACGCUGAUCGUGGGAAAGUUAGCUGUGAGAACGUUAGCUUUUCUGGAUGAAGGAUCGACUACUACGCUGAUGGAGGAGAGGAUUGCUGGAAAGCUUAAGGCGAAGGGCAAGGCUGAACCCUUGAUAGUAUCAUGGACCGGUGAUAUAAAACGCCACGAAAAUGGCUCCCGUAUAAUAAACCUGCAGAUCACGGCAAACGGAAGCAGUGAGCCGUUGCCACUGAAGAACGUGCGUACGGUGUCGAAGUUGAUGUUGCCGAAGCAGAACGUAAAGUUUGCGGACGUUACAGCACGAUAUCCGCACCUAGCGGGUUUAUCGGUAGCUGAUCAUUCGUCGGAGGAGCCGGCGAUCCUGAUUGGGCUGGACAACCUGCAUUUGUUUGCGCCAUUGGAGUCCCGGGUUGGUAAAGCUGGCGAACCAAUUGCCGUGCGGUCGGAGUUGGGUUGGACGGUGUAUGGUCCGGAGAAACAGAAGCCAUAUGCCGAAACGUUCCUCAAUCUUCACGUUGCGAAACCAGCAAGUAACCAGGAGCUCCACGAUAUGAUGCGAGAACAGUACGUGCUGGAUGAGGUGGGCGUCACUUCGUUUGGAGUACCGGAGUCAGUGGAGGACCAGCGUGCUCGAGCGAUCUUGCAGACUACGACGGCGAGAGUAGGCGAUCGUUUCCAGACUGGUCUCUUAUGGCGCGAAGACGAACGACGAUUCCCCGACAGUUAUCCGAUGGCUGUGCGUCGAAUGAAGGCGCUCGAGAGAAAGCUGGAGAAAGACAGUGGACUCAAAGAGAAUGUGUGCAGGCAGAUUGAUGAAUAUCAAGCCAAGGGAUACGCACAUAAAGCUACGACGCAGGAGCUUGCAGAAAUACCGAGUACAGUAGCUUGGUAUCUGCCGCUAAACGUCGUACUGAACCCUCGAAAACCGGAUAAGGUACGAUUGGUAUGGGAUGCUGCGGCAUCUGUCAACGGUGUGUCGCUCAACACGGAGCUGUUGAAAGGGCCGGAUAUGCUAGUCUCGCUUCCCGGCGUCAUUAGUCGCUUUCGCGAGAGACCGGUUGCCUUCGGAGGUGACAUUGCCGAAAUGUACCAUCAGAUCCGGGUCAGACCGGAAGACAAAUCUGCCCAGCGCUUCCUGUUUCGGAAGGAUCCGGAAGAAAACCCGCAGGUGUACAUGAUGGAUGUACUUACGUUCGGGUCGACGUGCUCUCCCUGCUCGGCACAGUACGUGAAGAAUCUAAACGCUGAGCAGUAUUCGGCAGAAUUCCCGGAAGCAGCGGAGGCGAUCCUUCAUCGUCACUACGUGGACGAUUAUUACGACAGUACGGAUACAGUCGAAGACGCGAUCAGGCGAGCGAAGGAGGUGCAGUAUAUUCACGAUCACGGAGGAUUUCACAUCAGGAACUGGGUGUCAAACUCCAAGGCGUUUCUCGAUGAACUGGGUGAGCGGAAAACGAGCGCAAGCGUACACUUCAACCGGGACAAAACCACCGAGUACGAACGUGUCUUGGGCAUCGUCUGGGAGCCGGAGCAGGAUGUAUUCUCCUUCGCUACAUCUUCUAACACGGGGCUCCAAGAAGCUGUGCAGAGCGGAGAGCGCCCAACUAAAAGGAAGGUGCUAAGCUGUGUGAUGGCGCUGUUCGACCCACUAGGUCUUCUGUCGCCGUUCACGGUGCUGGGACGAAUGCUGGUCCAAGACAUUUGGCGACAUGGCUGUGACUGGGACGAAUGUAUCGACAAUGUAUCCCACCAGAAGUGGACACGCUGGUCCGGCUUGCUAUCGGACAUCGAGCGGUUUAAAAUUCCGCGGUCGUACUUUGGAAGUGCGAAGUCAGGUGAAAUCGAAGAUGUGCAGCUGCAUAUAUUCACGGAUGCCAGCGAAACAGCGUACGGCUGCGUGGCAUACUUUCGAGCAGUGAUUGGAGGCGAAGUCAGGUGUGCCCUGGUUAUGAGUCGGUCAAAGGUGGCACCACUGAAGCAACUGUCAAUCCCACGACUAGAGCUUCAAGGUGCGGUUUUGGGAGCAAGGCUGGCACAAACGGUUCAGCAAAAUCACAGCCUCCGAAUCAGCAAACAGUUCUUUUGGACUGACUCGCAAACUGUUUUGUCCUGGAUCCGUUCCGACCAACGCAGAUACAAACAGUUUGUCGGAUUUCGGAUAGGGGAGAUUAUGAGCUUGACGAAGCUCACUGAAUGGUGUUGGGUGCCGACGAAGUUAAACGUCGCAGACCAAUUGACCAAGUGGGGCAAAGACCUGGAACUACUUUCGGACAGUUCCUGGGUACGAGGCCCAAACUUUUUAUACGAGAAGGAAGAAGAUUGGCCGAGGAAAAGUAUGCCGCCGGCGAAUACGGCGGAAGAGUUGCGGGUACAUCUGCUUUUGCACGACGUGGCAGUAGCGGAAAGCUUGCUCGACUUUCGUCGAUUUUCGAAGUGGACAGUGCUCGUACGAACCAUGGCGACGGUGUAUCGGUUUAUAUCGAAUUGCAGAAGGAAGGCCAAGGGUUUGCCGACCGAGACGUUGAGGUCAACGGAAGGCCAGAAACCGACGACCACGAAGAAGGCAAUCCGAUCGAUCCGUGUACCGUUGCGGCAGGAAGAGUAUCAGAAGGCAGAGCGGUCGGUGCUGAAGAUGGCGCAAGUCGAAGCAUACAUCGAUGAGUUGAAGGUUCUGCUGAAGAAUAGAGACCGUCCUACCAGUCAAUGGCAGACGGUGGAAAAAUCCAGUGCGUUGCACAGGCUAACUCCUUUAGUCGAAGAAGAUGGCUUGAUUCGUAUGGAAGGGCGUUCCGCAAAUGCGGAGUUUCUUCCGUUCGACUUGCGGUUUCCAGUCAUAGUUCCGGACGAGCAUCCAGUUGCGAAGCUUCUAGUGGAACACUACCAUAAGCGGUUUGGUCACGGGUACCGCGAUACGGUGAAGAACGAGUUGAGGCAGCGAUUUCACAUUCCGAAAAUCAACGCAGUAGUUCGGAAGGUAACAUCGUGCUGUGUCUGGUGCAGGGUACAUCGCAGUCGUCCACAGGCUCCUCGAAUGGCUCCGUUGCCGGUACAAAGGCUGACUCCAUAUCUCCGAGCGUUCAGUUACGUCGGUGUCGACUAUCUGGGUCCCUUCGAGGUGACGGUUGGUCGCAGAAAGGAGAAAAGAUGGGUCGUCUUGUUCACCUGCCUGGUGAUCAGAGCCGUGCACGUGGAAGUGGCGCAUAGUUUGACAACGCAGUCCUGUUUGAUGGCGAUUAGACGGUUUAUUUGUCGGCGCGGAACUCCCAUAGAGUUCUUCUCAGACAACGGUACAAAUCUACGAGGAGCAAGCAAGGAAAUCGUUGGGAUCUGUUACACCAUCGGAUUGGAUUGUGCCGACGAAUUUACGAACGCGCAAACCAAAUGGACGUUCAAUCCACCCGCUGCCCCCCACAUGGGAGGCGUGUGGGAGCGGCUUGUACGGUCCAUCAAAGAAGCACUGCAGGCGUUGAACAACGGGCGACGGUUGACUGAUGAAAUCUUGCAGACGUCCAUCGUUGAAGCUGAAGAGAUGGUGAAUUCUCGACCACUCACUUACGUUUCGGAACAAUCUUCGGAAGCAGAAGUACUGACACCCAACAAGUUCCUGCGAAACUUCUCUCCGAUCGACCGGGAUGCACUGCCAUCGCCGGUGAAAGCAGCAGAAGCUCUUCGGGACUCGUUUAAAAGGUCUCAAGAACUAGCUGAGGAGAUGUGGAAGCGCUGGAUUACGGAGUACAUUCCGACCGUGAACCAGAGAACGAAGUGGUUCAAGGAAUCCAGGCCGUUAAAAGCGGGUGAUUUGGUGUAUGUAGUCGAAGGAACAAGUCGGAAGUCAUGGGUUCGCGGAAUAGUGGAACAACCGAUCGUCGCUGGUGAUGGGAGAAUACGACAAGCGUUGGUACGCACCAAAAAUGGUGUAUUCAAGCGUGCGGCAGUCAAUCUAGCGGUGUUGGAGCUGGAUGAUGGUAACACUGGAUUGGAAACGGGUUCCCAACCAGGAUUACGGGCCGGGGAAAUGUUCGGGACAACACCUUCGGCAACACUGCCGGCGGCCGAUGCGGUGGAUGUGGUUGACGUAUAG